GUCGAGCUUAGUAUAAUUUAAUACUUACGAAUAACGGCAAGCAUCAGAGUUGACUUGGAUUAUCAUAUGAAGUAGUAAUAAUGGAACAUAAUUCAUUGUUGAAUAGCAUCAUAAACAUUAGUAGUACUGUCAAUGCUCAACCGCUACAAAUGAGUGAAUACAACCAUAAUGAUAAUAUUAGCCUUAUGAAUCGUAAUAUAACAUCGGAGAAUUUUCAUGACCUCUUCUCAUCACGUGAUCUAUCAUCUUUGAAUAUCUUACAGAAUGUUGCAAGUAGUCUUUUAAAUCAUAACAUUCCUAACACAACACCUAGUGAUUUCAACCAGCUAAUCAUGUCCAACUGGAAAUUAUUCAGUGAACAGUAUAAAUCUAUGAUGAUGAAAGUUCUCUCCAACCAAGCAUAUUCCCCAGUCACCAGUAACAAUAAUAAUAGUAAUAACAGCAAUAAUGUGAAUGAAGAUAUGCGAACUAUGAUGAUGGUGAUGUGUGAAUCGGCCAAUCGAAGCCUACACGCUCCCACAAACAGUCACUCAAAUCCUGUCACCGCUGCAACUCCUCUAACAUGGUCUAACCAAUACGGGUUGAUAAAUAGUGACAAGUGUAACAAUCCAAUAACGCCUACACCGAUGACGCCAACAACAAUAACACCAACAACACAUAUCCAUGGUAAAGUGAACAGUAAACAUAUACACCUAGAAACGCAACCGAAUGAUGUUGAGCAUAUGGAUCAUAUGCUGCGAAUGUUACCAGGGAAUAAUUCCUGCCUAUUUCUAUCGAAACCACCUUACUCUUAUAUAGCAUUAAUUGCUAUGGCGAUUAAAUAUGCACCGGGUCAGAAAAUCACUCUGAAUGGUAUUUAUCGGUUUAUCAUGGAACACUUCCCAUAUUAUCGUGAUAAUCGUCAAGGUUGGCAAAAUUCAAUCAGGCAUAAUUUAAGCCUGAAUGAUUGUUUUGUUAAAUUACCACGGGAUAAAAGUAGGCCAGGGAAAGGGAAUUAUUGGACAUUAUCAACAAGCGCAGAUGAAAUGUUUGAACAUGGAAAUUAUAGACGUCGAAAAAGACGUACUAAAUCGUCAAUAUUUUCACCAACUUCACUGUCUAUAUCACCACAAACUUUGCCUUCGUCAACAUGCACAGCAGUGGAAGCACCAGCACCAACACCAACAGGAUCAAUAGUAUCUCCUCCUAGGGGAAGAUCAUCUUUAUCUGCUAUUUCGUCAAGAAUAUCAGAAUUUAUUAAUUUACCUAAAGAAUUAAUUAUUCCAACAGAAGGUGAUUUACACUCAUCUGCUUCAUCGUCUUUGUCCUCGUCGUCCUCUUCCCAUUCUUCCGCCUCACCAUCUUCAGCAUCCUCUUCCUGUUCAACAGCAUCUUCUAUAUCAAGGAUGCCAGUUGACACAACUACGUUGCAACAAACACUUGUGCAGUAUGAUGAAAACAUCUCAAAGAAUAUUAAUUAUAAUUUCUCCUAUAAUCAAUGUUCAGAUUCAUUAAAUCUAUUCACAAAUUCUUUCAAUACAAUGUAUAAUCCAUCAGCAUGGACUACUAAUAUUGACAAUAUAAGUAGUAAAUGCAUGCAGUAUCAAAUAUCUUCAAAUCGUAAAAUGUAUCCAAAUGGAACGAAUAAUAAUAAUAGUUCGUCGGAGGAGGAAGAGAACCGAUUGAAUACAUCCAGUUCAACUGAGACAACGAAUCGUUCGAACUUCUCUACACACAAUAGCAAUAAUACUGCCAAUGGCAUGGUGAAUUGUUUACCGAAUUUUUCAAUUCAAUCAUUAAUCGGCAGCGGAAAACCACAUACAGCAACAGUGACGACAACAACAACAGCAGCUACUGAAGAGAGUUAGGAUAUCAAAUAGCAUUCUCCGUGUGUGUGUGUGUGUGUGCGUCUACAUCUGGGAGUCUAAAGUUGUUGCUUCGUUGUUUAUUGUCUAAAAAUGUGAUUACUGUUCAGUGUGAUCAAAUACUGUCUGCCUCCCUAUCUGCUUACAUGACUGACUACUGUUCAUUCUCUGUGAUCUAACAAUGUAUGUUUGUGUUUGUGUGUAUGUGUGUGUGUGGACAGGUGAAUUGAUGACUGAGUAACAUGUAUUCUUCCUUUUGUUUUGGAAUGUUAAUGAUAAUAACAACAAUAAAAUAUGACAAGAAUAAGUAAACUGUAUUAAAAUUAAGGAAAAACUUAUUUAUAUAUAGAUCUUGCUUUCAGCCUUCCUUUUAAUGAUGCAAUAAAAGUGUAUUCUAUGCUCCAUUCAUUCUACUCAUAUUAACUUUCUUUCGACACUGAAUACUGGCUGAUUGACACGUUGAAUCAAUUAGUUUAUUUGGAACAUUGUACAUUUAUGAAUUGAUGCAUUAUACACAUACAUACUUCCUUACCCCCUCCUAUGCCUCCGUCUGUCCAUUUUUCUAUUCCACUGUGUCUCUCUCACACACUCCUUACUCAGUCGCCUACUUCAACAAUUUAACAUUUUUUGAUAUAAAAAGUUUGUUAAAAAAUGGAAUAAUAAGACCAUUUGAAAUCGAGGAAC